CUCGGUUGCAACACUCAGUACCUAGUUCCAAACUGUCUCUGGGCCCCUUAGUUCCAGUAAAGGGAAAUCUUAAUAUUACAGCAUACAAUGACAUUCUAGACAAUUCUGUGCUUCCAACUUUGUGGCAACAGUUUGAGGAAGGCUCUUUCCUCUUUCAGCAUGACAAUGCCCCUAUGCACAAAGUGGGAUCCAUACAGAAAUGGUUUGUCGAGAUCGAUGUGGAAGAACUUGACUGGCCUGCACAGAGCCCUGACCUCAACCCCAUCGAACGCCUUUGGGAUCAACUGGAAUGGCGACUGCGAGCCAGGCCUAAUCGCACAACAUCAUUGCCCGAUUCCACUAAUGCUCUUGUGGCUGAAUGGAAGCAAGUCCCCACAGCAAUGUUCCAACAUCUAGUGGAAAGCCUUCCCAGAAGAGUGGAGAUUGUUAUAGCAGCAAAGGGGGGGAACAACUCCAUAUUAAUGCCCAUGAUUUUGGAAUGAGAUGUUGACGAGCAGGUGUCCACAUACUUAUGGUCAUGUAGUGUAAUUGUGAUUCAAACCUGUCCAUCGCCACCUGGUGGUAGCGAUGUGCAUUGCAGGUCAGCAGGAGGCUUGAGGUGUUAGUAAUAUCAACCGGUUCACUGUGUGUGGAUGAAGAGAACAAUGACACGAACUAAACAGGAGGUGAACUUCGGACUGUGCUGUUUUUUCUGUCCUCUGCAACUUUCGGGUCGAAUGACAUAACAUGUAACUAAGAUUAAGAACAUUUUCAGUAUUUUGUACAGUAUUUUGUACAGUAUUUUGCCAUUCAUUGAUUACCAAGUUUGGACAAUACAUGGUGAGUUGCUAUACCUUCUGCAUUCCAUUGUCAAAUGUUUGCAGAGCAGUCCAUACUCCGUAUAGCCAGUCAAUCUAUAAACUUGUCUGAAUAAAUAACCCAUCCUAAACGAAUAGGCUUACAUGACAUAAAAGCACAAUUUGAUAAGUAUGCCCAUUGUUUAGCGUGAAUAUUUAUAUUUAUAUGAAAGAAAAUAACACAUUAAGUUUAAUUUAGCCAGGAGAGGGGCGAGUUGAAGUCACCGGCAGGAGUGGAGUUUCAUUUGACCAGGAGAGGGGUGAGUUGUAGUCACCGGCAGGAGUGGAGUUUCAUUUGGCCAGGAGAGGGGCGAGUUGUAGUCCCCGGCAGGAGUGGAGUUUCAUUUGGCCAGGAGAGGGGUGAGUUGUAGUCCCCGGCAGGAGUGGAGUUUCAUUUGACCAGGAGAGGGGCGAGUUGUAGUCCCCGGCAGGAGUGGAGUUUCAUUUGACCAGGAGAGGGGCGAGUUGAAGUCCCCGGCAGGAGUGGAGUUUCAUUUGGCCAGGAGAGGGGCGAGUUGUAGUCCCCGGCAGGAGUGGAGUUUCAUUUGGCCAGGAGAGGGGUGAGUUGUAGUCCCCGGCAGGAGUGGAGUUUCAUUUGACCAGGAGAGGGGCGAGUUGUAGUCCCCGGCAGGAGUGGAGUUUCAUUUGACCAGGAGAGGGGCGAGUUGAAGUCCCCGGCAGGAGUGGAGUUUCAUUUGACCAGGAGAGGGGUGAGUUGUAGUCCCCGGCAGGAGUGGAGUUUCAUUUGGCCAGGAGAGGGGCGAUUUGAAGUCACCGGCAGGAGUGGAGUGGACUGGUCGGUUGAUUAAAAUUAGGCCUAGGACCUCAUUGAUUCGGUAGGCAUCAGGUAAACAAAUGUGGAACCAAGGAAAGUGUAUUUCAGAUUAGUCAAGUGAGGGGUCCUCCUACAACACCAGACACAAGAGGUAAAGUAAAAGAAGAUAGAAGAAGGUGGCAGAACUCUUCCCAUAAUCAUGAUUUCACAGAAGCCACAACCUUCACAGUAACUGAAGUGACAUUAAACUGCAGUUGGAUUUAGUGACUCUACCUGGAAAACCAUGGAUGCGUUUGAGGGUCUCCACAGUGUCCAGCUGUCCUCCUCUCCACCCCUUGCCUCUGCCACCAACCCAGGGUAUGAGGUUCUAGUAUCCGCCAGAUCUGGUAUCCAGGUUUACUCCAACACCACGUUCUAUGGUAAACCCAGUGUUCUAGAGCAGGCUCAGAAGAGAGGGAGAGCCAAAUAUCACUCCCACCGAGAGGAGACUAAAGAAGAGAGGUGUGAGGUUGGAAGGUUGGUAGACCUGGAGCCAGGUCCAAUCCCCAGGGUGGAGGGUGGAGGGCAGGGUGACCCCAGGCCCGCCAGGCCCCAGGAGCAGGGUACCCAGGCCAGGGGCAGAGAGGGCAGCAGGCUGGAGCAUGCUGCCCAGCUGGAGGGUGCCCGGGGCGGGGAGCAUGAAGACAAUGUGUCCCGCCUCCGGAGCUCUUCCCUGGAGAUCAGAGAGAAGGGAUCAGAGAUCCUCAGAGAGCAGCUAGAUGCUGCACAGAAGGAGCUGAAGCUGAAGGAUAAGGAGUGUGAGCGUCUGUCACAGAUCCGGGAUCAACUAGAGCAGGAGCUGGAGGAGCUAACUGCCAGUCUGUUUGAGGAAGCUCACAGGAUGGUGCGUGAAGCCAACGUGAAACAAGCAGCAGCAGAGAAACAGCUGAAGGAGGCUCAGGACAAGAGUGAUGUCCUUCAGGCGGAGGUGUCCGCCCUGAAGACCAUGGUCCUGACAUCCACCCCGUCUUCACCCAACCGCCAGGCCCACCCUCAGCUCCUCUCCCCGGGCACUAGGUCCAGGGGUGCCAGCCCCCACCAUGGAGGAGGACACACACGCAACAAGAGUGCCAGUGGUGCCCUCCCAUUGGCCCCUGGUGGGCACUCAGACCUGCCCUCUGACCUGCAACCAGUCAGAGAGGACAAAGAGCCUACUGUUCCUACGCUCCUCUUGCUGAUUCUAUGUCUGGUUCCGGGUCACUCUGUCUCUGUGACCUAUGAACCCUACUGGGCAGAGCAGGGGGAGAGGCCACGGUCUCUCAGCCGCCAGAUGGACAACAUUCUGUAUGCAGAGUUCUUGACCUGGAGAAACAGACCUAGUCUGGACAGAAGUUCAGCCUUCCUGGUGCGGAUCUACAGGGAGGACAUCAGCCCCUGCCUCUCCUUCACACGAUCUGAGUUGUCUCAGUCAGUACAGAGUGCAGUGGAGAACAACUCUUUAACCAUCGAGCCGGUGGCCAUGUCAGCUUUACCCAUGGUCAAAGCCAACGCCAUAGAGUGUGGCGGACCCAAUGGCUUGAAGGCAGCAGUAGAGACGAAGUGUGCGUUGAGCGGCAUAUCCCGGUCCUGUAAGCACCAAAUCAAACUGGGUGACGAAGAGAGUUACUACUAUAUCUCUCCUUCCAGCAGGGCACGGAUCGCAACCGUGUGUAACUUCUUCACCUAUAUCCGUUAUAUUCAGCAGGGCCUGGUCAGACAUGACGCUGAGCAGAUGUUCUGGGAGGUGACACGUCUACGGAGGGAGAUGACUGUGGCCAAGCUGGGCUUCUACCUCACAGACCAGGAAUAGGAGGACAGAUGGGAGGAGAUGUCACAGUAGACCUAGGUCGUGUUUAUUAGGGCACACCGUAGCAAAACGUUUCAAAAUGUUGCGCAACGGACAAUGAAAAUUAGCUAAUUUCUUCCUCUUCGUGCCCAGUGAACACGGCCCAGGGCUAGAAGACAGGAGUCACCAAUCAACUGUACAAAGACACAGUACGAUUUGAGAGUCAGAUCACCUGUACCGGUUUCACACUGUCGGGACAACCCAAACCGAACUGGGCUGGUUUGGCUCAGUUCAGUUUUGCUCAGCAGUGUGAAAAGCCCUCAGGAGGACAUGCAGGACCCAGAAACCGGAUGGAGCCCUCAGGAGAACUAUGCUGCCCACUCUACAUUCACACAGUGCCAUAUACCCUCCAGUACUGCUGCAUUACUCCUAGGUGUUGUCUCCUGUCACCUUAGAACCACCGUUGUCUCCUGUCACCUUAGAACCACCGUUGUCUCCUCUCUCCUUAGAACCACCGUUGUCUCCUCUCUCCUUAGAACCACCGUUGUCUCCAGUCACCUUAGAACCACCGUUGUAUCCUGUCACCUUAGAACCACUUGUGUCCUCUCACCUUAGAACCACCGUUGUCUCCUCUCUCCUUAGAACCACCGUUGUCUCCAGUCACCUUAGAACCACCGUUGUAUCCUGUCACCUUAGAACCACUUGUGUCCUCUCACCUUAGAACCACCGUUGUCUCCUCUCUCCUUAGAACCACCGUUGUCUCCAGUCACCUUAGAACCACCGUUGUAUCCUGUCACCUUAGAACCACUUGUGUCCUCUCACCUUAGAACCACCGUUGUCUCCUCUCUCCUUAGAACCACCGUUGUCUCCAGUCACCUUAGAACCACCGUUGUAUCCUGUCACCUUAGAACCACUUGUGUCCUCUCACCUUAGAACCACCGUUGUCUCCUCUCUCCUUAGAACCACCGUUGUCUCCUCUCUCCUUAGAACCACCGUUGUAUCCUGUCACCUUAGAACCACUUGUGUCCUCUCACCUUAGAACCACCGUUGUCUCCUCUCUCCGUAGAACCAUUGCAGCAAACCAAGACCACCUCUUACUUUGCCUUAACCUUGAUAGAUUCUUGCACUACAUUGUAAAUGCCUUGCAUGGCUUAUUGACGAGAAUACAUCUGUAGUUAGAAUGGGUUAUAGAAGUGCAGGGAUUCACUCUGCAGAUUUCUAAGUGCGGAUAAAGACAACAGCUGCCUUUAGGCUGUUCAGUCCUAACCAGUUCAGAAAUAGUGUGUUACAUUCAGGUACUUCAGUUAAAUAAAGAAGAAAUGUAAAAAAUAAAUCAGAUUCACUUUAUUUGCCAAGAACAUUUACACGUACCCAGAAUUUUACUUGGUGAAUAGGAGCCGCCAAUUGCAGUUACACGGUGCCAGAAUUAAUAAAAGUCCUGAACGAAAAGCCUAUUCGGUCUUCUCAAAUAUCCUCGUCUUCAUUCGGGAUGCUGUGACAGUUUUAUCAAUGACUAGGAGGUUACAGGUCAUUUGUUAUUUAACGUAAUGGGAUGAUAAACCAGCCAUGGAUGAUUUAAGCAAUACGUUGUUUCUCCCUAACACUCCCAAUGUAUUCACUUUUUAAAUGACUAUCUAGUUGGGAAAUAUAAUUGUUUUAAAAUGGCAGUUGUAGUUUCACUCCUGUAACAUGGCAUGUAAAAUUCUCUACUAUUUUGUAUAAUAAUAAUAAUAAUAUAUAAGCCAUACAUGACCAAAUAAUGUGUAGCUUUGCACGGAUACAUAGCCAUAUGCUGUAGUGUGUAUUAGCCAUACCUUGCAUGUAAAGCCUUAUCAAACUAAAUGAACACUAUUCAUGUCUGAACGUGCAAUAGUAACUGCUUUCCUCUCAGGCUGCGUUUACACAGCCAGCUCGAUUCUGAUCUUUUGUCCACUAAUUGGUCGUGGAACGCUUCAGAGAUCUGGAACGCUUCAGGGAUCUGGAACGCUUCAGGGAUCUGGAACGCUUCAGGGAUCUGGAACGCUUCAGGGAUCUGGAACGCUUCAGGGAUCUGGAACGCUUCAGGGAUCUGGAACGCUUCAGGGAUCUGGAACGCUUCAGGGAUCUGGAACGCUUCAGGGAUCUGGAACGCUUCAGGGAUCUGGAACGCUUCAGGGAUCUGGAAUGCUUCAGAGAUCUGGAACGCUUCAGAGAUCGAGGCCUGAGUUCUAUUUGUAUGUGAAAAUACCAUGUGAUGCAUUUGCUUACAUUGACUGCAUUUUUUAGGGUGCCUUGGUUGCACAAAUUAAAAAGUGUGGCUUAGUGCUGAGCGAUUAGUGCUUUUUGAGGUCGGUUUGGUGUCCGUUUGAUUAUAUAAAAAUACAAAUAAAUCACUGUUUUCGAUUUCGAUAUAUAUAUAUUUGUUACAUUAAAUGCAUUAUGCAUAAUGUCAAAUCAAAUGUAUUUAUAUAGCCCUUCUUACAUCAGCUGAUAUCUCAAAGUGCUGUACAGAAACCCAGCCUAAAACCCCAAACGGCAAGCAAUGCAGGUGUAGAAGCACAUUGUGGGUUGAAUGCUGUGACAACACAAUUACUCUACCUUAAUAAAAUAUUUCAGUUAUUGUGUAUAUUACAUUUGAUGACUAUUAUUUAAUUCCAAGUCAUCAUCUCAUCUCAAUAUCCCCUCAUGAUCAUGCAUUCUUCUGUCUCUUCUGUAGCAGGCAUAAAAUAUACACAGAACGGACAAGUAAGGUGUGCAAUGGAUUAUGGUCAUUGUAGUUAAUUACCACGUUUUCUGCGAUAAACUAUGAAGAAUAUUGGCCUGCUGGAAACUACAACUCCCUACUACAUCGCACAGUUCAGCCUGGAUCUGUUUUUAAUCUGUAGAGAAACUGUUCAAGGUGUGCAUUGAGCUCACAGAAAAAUAAAUCAUUGAACCAA